AUUUUAUUAUUUUUCAGUUGUGUUAUUUGCAAUUGAAUGUUAUAAAUAUCAUAUCAUAUGUACCGGAGCUGGAAAAUGGGAAUCAAAGUGAUCUGUAUAUAUCAUACAUAUCAACACCUGAAGGACAGACAACAACAACAAUUUCAGAUAUUAAUAACUGAAACAAAAUGCUGGAAACAGUCGAUAAUUAGUUUGAGAUGUGCCCAUCAAAUGGAUAACAACAGUGCCGGACAAAAAUGUCUACCGUUUAUGCGGACAACCAGUUUGGCCUAAUUGUGACCAACAAUCACGUAACACAAGCAAACGAUACACUGGUUGUCGAUUUGAUUAACAACGAAACCUUACGCUAUUGUGAUGUCUUUAUCGGAGAAGAAAACCAAGAAAUUAUUUAUAGAAUGUUUGGCCGAGUAGUCUAUACGGCACCGGAUCACGAACUGGCACUUAUCCAAUUGCUACCCAUUCGGUCCAAUGUACUACCUGUGUGCAAGUUUACUACAGAUUGUCAACCGGGCGAUCCUAUUGUUGUAAUAUCCUCUAAAGGUGGCCAAUCUUUUAUUGCUGACGGUUUAAUUCAAAUAAUAGAUAAGCGCCAAAACCUAAUAAAGUGCUACAAAAAUGCUAAUUAUAUUAAUGAUUUGGGCGACACAACCGAUGUACUGAUUCAUACCGGGUUUAUUGUUGGCGGUUAUUCGGGUGGUCCAGUAAUCGACAUGUCCGGACAGGUAGUGGGAGUACAUAAAGGCUCUGUUCGCGGUUAUUCAUAUUUUUCGGCAGCUAUUGGCGCUAAAACAGUUAUGGAUUUCAUAGAAAAAGGCAAACAAUAUCUAUUGACCGAAAAUGUUGAAGUAAUGAAAGGGUUAGCCAGAAAACACAGGAGACUUAUGAAACGGAAAAUAUUGGGUUUAGUUUUGGUGAACAACCAGAUAGUAGACUAUACUUUCACAUCAUAUUUAACUAGACAACAUUUACUGAUUACCGACUAUAUCAUUGCCUAUAAUAACAUCCCGUUUACGACACCGGAAGCAAUGUCCUAUUAUGUACAACAAUUGCCGGACAAUACACCACCAAUAGUAGUGACAGUUUAUCGAUCAAAUUAUAAUCAAUAUUUUACCGUUAAUACACAACCCAUAACUGUUGAACAGUUUCAUUGUUAG